AUGCUCUCUACCCUCGACGAUAUGCCAUCCGUGGCCAUAUUUUGCCCACAAAGUAAAGCUCCACAGAAGAGCUAUCUCGAUCGACUCCAUUCUUUUCUUUGCCGAAACCCAUUCUUGAAACCCUUUGUUCAAGACAUUAAAGAUCUCCCGAAGACAUGGCAAACAUUUGCGAAUCAAAGAGAAGACAUUGCAGCUCUGAGGCAAGGACCCAGGUAUAUGCGAUACAUGUCUGAAUGGAUGACAACUGGUGAAUCGGAGCCUAUCGCCAAUGCAAUGUCCGGGAUACUCUCAUUGCCACUCUUAGUCAUAAUUCAGAUCGGUCAAUAUUUUCAGUUUCUUGAACUGAACGGUAUCAAACAUUUUGAAUUUUUGAGUCAGCUUCGGAAUGGUGGAGGGAUCCAAGGAUAUUGUGGUGGGCUAUUGCCAGCGAUGGCAAUUGCAUGUUCGAAAGAUGAAGUGGAACUAGCAAAGUAUGCAUCCGUAGCAAUGCGUAUUGCGCUUGGAAUAGGCGCUUAUGGGGAGUUGGGCGACGAUGAAGAUAUUGCAGGGCCAACAACAAUUGUUGUUCGUCUAAAAAACAUAGGACAAGGGGAAGAGUUAGUGGAAAGGUUCCCAGGUGCAUACAUUUCCGCUGUCACCGACCCUAAGACUAUAAGCAUGGUAGGGUCGGUACCCACACUUGCCAAAGUUCAGGCAUAUGCUCGCGAGCAAGGCCUACUUGUGCAAGAAAUGCAUCUUCGGGGAAAAGUGCACAAUCCGGAGAAUGCAGAGCUCUCAAUAGAAUUGUGCGAUCUCUGCGAUAAUGUCGACUUUUUGCAACUUCCACAAGCAUCUGCGCUUCAGGCGCCAAUGAGGUCUAAUAAGACAGGAAAUUUGGUCGAAAAAGGAUCCCUCAGUCACGAAGCUAUAGAUACAAUUUUGGCGUCGAGAUGCGAAUGGUACACUCUCCUUACACAAUUAGCACACGAUCUUGAGGAUACUGGGCGAAAAUCACAUGUUUUCGCGACAUUUGGUAUCGGGGAUUGUGUCCCAUUGGCACCGUUUCACAAAAAGUUGUUACGUAUAACAAAGCUCGACGUCCUCAGUGCCAUCAAUAAAGCUAUACCACCGGUUCCUACCUCACGCGAAGAAACGCAUUACUCAUUCCCAAGUGAUGCUAUUGCUGUGGUCGGAGUUUCAUGCCGCUUACCAGGUGCAAACAACUUCGAAGAACUUUGGGACCUCAUGUCCAAAGGCGCUUCAGUCGCGAAAGAGGUUCCUACCGAUCGCUUUGAUUUACAACGUAGUUUUAGAGCUUCGCAGGAUUGGAAGUUUGCUGGAAAACGGAAGUUCUUUGGUAAUUUCCUCGACAAUGCGGAUGACUUUGAUCAUGCGUUCUUCCGCACAAAUCCACGAGAAGCACAGAACAUGGAUCCCCAGCAAAGAGUUUUGCUUGAGCUUGCAUAUGAAGCCAUGGAAUCAAGUGGUUAUUUACGUUCGCACAGGCGUGAGCAUAAUGAUCCUAUAGGGUGCUUUAUAGGCGCUAGUUUUGUGGAGUAUCUCGACAAUACCAACUCGAACGCCCCGACCGCCUAUACAUCAACGGGAACCAUCAGGGCAUUUCUGUGUGGCAAGAUCAGUUAUUACUUCGGGUGGAGUGGUCCGGCGGAGGUCAUCGAUACGGCGUGUUCUUCCUCACUCGUAGCCAUUCAUCGAGCAGUUCGGGCCAUACAAACCGGAGAAUGUCCAAUGGCUUUGGCUGGUGGGAUCAAUAUUAUGACAGGCAUCAACAAUUACUUGGAUCUGGCAAAGGCUGGGUUUCUGAGUCCUACGGGCCAAUGUAAACCCUUUUGUGGAACAGCAGAUGGCUAUUGCAGAGCCGAGGGGGCGGGUUUAGUUGUUUUAAAGUUGCUGAGAGAGGCAGUCGCAGAUGGAGACCAGAUUCUAGGUGUUAUUCCCGGAGCAGCGACAAAUCAAGGAGGCUUAUCAGCUACAAUCACCAUUCCUUCAUCGCCUGCACAGAUCAAAUUAUAUCAGAACAUCCUAGAUAAAGCCGGCAUGAAAGCGGAUCAAGUAUCCUACAUCGAGGCUCAUGGUACUGGGACUCAAGCUGGCGACCCACUUGAAGUAGCAAGCAUUCGCGAAGUAUUUGGAGGAUCCAAAAGAACUAAUUUUCUGUACUUGGGGUCAAUCAAAGGAAAUAUUGGCCAUUGCGAGACCGGAGCUGGAGUGGCUGGUCUAGUGAAGAUACUUGCAAUGAUCAACAAGGGCAUCAUUCCGCCUCUUGCGAGUCACAAGGACCUUAAUCCAAAGAUCCCAGCUUUGGGACCGGAUAGAAUGGCAAUCAACACAGAGGCUAUACCAUGGACCGCUCCGUUGCGUGCAGCUUGCGUAAACAGCUAUGGAGCUGCAGGAAGCAAUGCUGCCAUGUUGUUAUGUGAAGGUCCACGACAAUAUAUAGAGGCACCAAAAGAUAUCCUUCAUGUCAGCGCAAAGUAUCCAAUAAUCCUAAGCGCCGCAACGAAAGAAAGCCUGCUGAAGUAUGCUAAAGUCCUCGGAGAUUAUCUCCAGGAUGCAUCGCCUAAGCCUAGCCUUGAUGACUUGGCUUUCACAUUGAGUGAGCGCAGGCAUCAUCACAAAUUUCGCUGGAUCACAACAGAGUCCGAUCUCAGCCGGCUCAUUCAAUCGUUGAGAACAAAUAUUGCAUCCUCUUUUGAGAUCCCACAAAUACCUAAGCAUACUGUGUUAGUGUUUGGCGGUCAAAGCAAGCGCACAGUCGGGCUUGACAAGAACUUAUACCAAUCGCAUCCUCGGCUUCGAGCGUACAUAGAUAACUGUAACGAUCUUGUCACGAAUCUCGGAUUCUCAGCCAUCGUUCCAGCAAUAUUUCAGUCCGAACCAAUCACAGAUGUCGUCGCACUUCAAUGUGGUACAUUUGCAAUGCAAUAUGCGUGCGCGAGAUGUUGGAUCGAUGCUGGACUCAAAGUGGACGCGAUAGCAGGCCAUAGUUUUGGUGAACUGACUGCCAUGACUGUAGCUGGAGUACUAUCACUACAAGAUGGGCUGAAACUGAUUGCUACCCGAGCUUCGUUGAUGCAAACAAAGUGGGGCCCAGAGAGGGGAACAAUGCUUGCCAUUCAUGCAAGUAAGGAUGUCGUGCAAGACGUCAUAUCGAGAAUGAAGUCAGGACCCAGUGAGUUGGAGAUAGCUUGUUAUAAUGCUCCAACAAGUCACAUUGUCGUCGGCCACUCUUCAUCAAUAAUUGAAGCCGAGGACUUGUUGAAAGUCGAAUCUCGAUUCAAAGGCGUUAAAUCUCAACGACUUGAUGUAAGCCACGGAUUCCACUCUAAGUUUACCGAAUCACUUCUUGGUGAUAUAGAUGAGUUGUCAAAAACUUUGACUUUUAACGAAGCAAAGAUUCCUCUUGAAUGUUGCACCUUGGAGCCGCUAAAUCAGAUAUUACCAGUGCGUCUUUCGCAACAUACAAGAGACCCUGUCUACUUCAUCAAUGCGAUUCGAAGGAUCGAAGAACGUCUCGGACCGUGUAUCUUUCUGGAAGCUGGUAUGGAUACUCCAGUGAUACCAAUGAUUAAAAGAGCCGUUCAAGAACCGGAUAAUCAUCGCUUCCAAGAGAUGAAACUCAGAGAUUUACAAGAUCCCUUGGCAGUUCUCUCAACUGUCACCACAAAUCUUUGGCGUGAAGGUAUUUCAGCCUCUUUCUGGAACUUUUUAUCGCCACAAGAGGCGGGGUAUAAGCAAAUUUGGCUUCCACCAUAUCAGUUCCAACGCACACCACACUGGCUGGCAAACGUAGAUAGAGUGAUCGAAGCUCAAGAGAAAUUCCCUCCAACAGUAGUAACGCCCCUCGAACAAGUCGAAGUACUGGCCCCCAAACAGCUCGUCACCCUACAGGAUGGGUCGCUGAAAGAUUUCAAGAUACACAUUGAUACCGAACGAUUCGCGAAAAUUGUGUCGGGCCAUGCAGUCAGAAAACAACCAUUAUGUCCUGCAUCUAUGUAUAUGGAGUGCGCAGCAAUGGCAAUACAAAUUGCAGGCGGGGAUGUUGAAACAAAGGCAAUGCUUUUUGAGAGCCUGGCUUUCCAAGCUCCUCUUGGGGUUGAUAUGAACCGAGAAGUUUCACUGACACUAGAAGAAUGCCCAGAACCACAAACUUGGAACUUUGUAGUCAAGAGUUCGUUGAAGACAGACCCUAGAUCCAAGCUGACGAUACAUGCGAAAGGAAGGAUUGGAUUGACGGUUCAACCACAACUUUCCACUUAUCAGAGACUCAUAUCUGAUCGUGUCAACGAAUUAGCCAAGAAGCCUAAUACUGAAAAGUUGAUGUCCAAACGAGCGUACGGUCUAUUUUCGACAGUUGUGCACUAUUCGGAUUUCUUACACGCCAUUUCAAACAUUACGAUGGAUGGAACCCAAGCAAUUGCAGAAAUCGAGUUGCCGCCUUUUCCUGUUGAUGUGCAAGAAAGUACAAUUAUUCAUGUCUGCGACACUAUCGCUUUAGAUGCUUUCAUUCAAGUCGUCGGUUUGCUUAUCAAUAGCAGCUCUCACUGCUCUUCCGAGGAUGUGUAUGUUGCUACUGGUGUUGAAAGCACGAUCAUGUCAUCCUCGUCAUGCGAUUUUACAAAUUGCAAAUCGUGGACGGUGUAUGCUAUGUUCACGCCAGUUAGUAGCACCCAAGCCACUGGUGACAUCUAUGUGUUCACUCGAGAUGGUAGGUUGGUAAUGACAAGCACCGGUGUCGGAUUCACAAAGUUAUUGAUAACAAAACUCGAGAAAAUGCUUGCUGCAGCAAACCCCAAAUCAUCACAAGAGACAACGUCGGAGAGAAAGCCUGUGCAAACAUUGACACUGAUUACCACUCCGGGAUCGCCUACGGAAAAUGAUUCGAGAAGUAGUGCUGACGAGUUUGACGAUGAAGGACCACCUACACCUACAGACAUAAUAGCAGGCGCAAACAACCUUAAGAAUUUGAUUGCAUCAUAUACAGGUUUUUCUGGAAUGGAAAUUCUUGAUGAUGCGAAUAUUGGUGACCUAGGGGUAGACUCAUUGGCCGCUGUUGAACUUGCAGAGGAACUGCAAACACAGUUCGGAAAAGAGAUUGCAGCCGAGGAUCUCAUGAUGAGCAACUAUGCAAGUCUCUCUCAGAUCUUUAUUUCUGCAACACCAAUGAAGAAAUUGAAGCCUGCAAAAGCCAAGGCACCAGCUGUGUCCGUUCAACCAGCAAGACAAGUUACUACUAGUAAUAACGACAAUUCGAUGAAAAGGCGACAAGUCCUGCGGAUGAUCUCCGAAACAUGUGGAGCCCCCGUUGACGAAAUUCGAGAAUCAGCGGCGCUGCAAGAUCUUGGUGUUGACUCGCUUUCUGCCGUCGAGUUGAAAAGUGAGCUUGAGGAUGUAUUCUCUAUCGAGAUUGACGAUGAUGAUCUCAGUCUAGAGUCCACAGUCAAAGAUGUACUGAAAUAUCUUGGCAUUGAAGCAGUCCAACCACAACCAGAGCCUGUAAUCACGGUACCAAAUACCAAUGCCAACCCAAAGCUUCAAAGAGUCUCCUCAAGUGUACCUGUAGUGCUGGCAAAUCCCAUGGAAACAAUCGAAGAAUGCCAAGCAGCCUUUGAACCGGCAGCAAAGAAGCUCGGAUUUGUCAACUAUUGGUCAGAGGUCGCCCCAAAACAAGAUGAGUUAUGUGUGGCAUACAUUGCCGAGGCUUUCAGGACACUCCAUGUUGACCUAUGGAAACUCGGCAGUGGUCAAGAGUUGCCGAAUAUUGAUUAUCUCCCCAGACAUCAUAAAGUCAUAUAUCGAUUUAUGGAGAUGCUUGAGAAAAAUGAGACGAUUGAAAAGAAAGGUAGCACAUUCGUUCGAACCUCCAAUAGACUCUCCGAGAUAGGUUCGAAUGACUUGCUUCAGAACUUACUGCGGCAAUAUCCUGCGUACGCGGCAGAAUUGAGGCUCAUAGAGUUGACUGGUCCCAGACUCGCAGAUUGUUUGAUUGGAAGAACCGAUCCGGUCGCGUUGAUGUUUGGUAACCCGACAGCCCAGAAGAUAAUGAGUAACUAUUAUACUACUUCGCCUAUGCUUGGUACGCUUACCGAGCAAUUGGUUGACUUCAUGAGGCGCAUCGCGGCCAAUACUACCGGCGAAGGACCAAUCAAGAUUCUGGAGGUUGGAGCUGGGUUCGGUGGCACUACUACACGUCUUGCAGAAGUCCUACAAGCGGUUGGUCGACCCGUCGAAUACACCUUCACAGACAUAUCUCCCUCGCUUGUCAAAAAUGCCAAGGCGAAGUUUGCAAAUUAUGACUGGAUGAAUUUUCAGACCUUCAAUCUUGAGAAAGAUGUUCCAGCAAAUAUGAAAGGACAAUACGACAUCGCAAUAGGUACAAAUUGUGUCCACGCAACCACCAACAAAACUUCUUCAACAUGUCAUCUGAGGGAAAUCUUGAGAAACGAUGGCUUCGUUAUUCUCUCCGAAGUUACAGAGCUCGUUGACUGGUAUGAUGUUGUGUAUGGACUUCUCGAUGGCUGGUGGCUAGGAAAUGACGCCGAUUAUCCACUUCAACCACCGGAAUUUUGGAUGGAUUGUUUCAAGAAAGCCGGAUACGCGUCAGCUUCGUAUACGCAAGGACCGACACCAGAUUCUAACACACAGCGUCUACUCAUUGCUUCCAAAAAGCCCCUAGACACUCCAAUCCGUGAAAGCAAAACUAAUAAAACGUCGAAAUUUGGCCAGAUAAUGGACACAGUGACGUAUAAGGUUGUCGAUGGUGUUGAGGUACUCGCAGAUAUCUUCUUGCCGGAAAAGGCUCAUUUGAAAUCAAUGCCUAUUGCAUUGAUGAUUCAUGGCGGUGGACACAUGACGCUGUCGAGGAAAGCCAUUCGUCCAGCCCAAACGUCGUUCCUCCUUGAAAACGACAUUCUUCCCGUCAGUCUCGAUUAUAGAUUGUGUCCAGAGGUAGAUCUCAUCAGUGGACCAAUGGUGGAUAUUCGCGAUGCGUAUGGUUGGGCCCAAACUAAAUUGCAGGGGCUCCUGAGUGAGAGAGGAAUCGUGGUAGACUCGACCAAAAUUAUAGUUAUUGGGUGGUCAACGGGAGGUCAUUUAGCCAUGACAACAGCCUGGACGACAAAAGAUGCUGGUUUGAAGCCUCCGCGUGCGAUCUUGGCAUUUUAUAGUCCAACAGAUUUCGAAUCUGGAGACCUAGAUAUCAGUCGUGGAAAUCAAUAUCCAGGAAGGACGCUCUCUAUGGACAAAAUUCGAAAGUCUCUCCCUAAAUGUCCGAUCACAAAUUAUGACGCCGAAGGUACCGAUUUAACAGGCCUAGGAUGGGUUCGUCCAGGAGAUCCAAGAUCAGAACUUGUUCUGUCCCUUUUCAAAGAAGGGAACGGCCUCAGUCUCAUGCUGAAUGGGAUCUCUGAUGAUGACUGGCGUAGAAAGCCGGAUCCAGAACGCGUCGCGGCCAUUAAUCCCAUGGCACAGCUACGGUCUGGCAAAUACACCACACCAACAUUCUUGAUCCACGGCGAGAACGAUGAGAUUGUUCCAUAUUAUACCGCGAAGAACUUCGCGACAGCUUUAAGGGAGCAUGGGGUACGAUGUGGUUUCUUGGGAGUGCCAGGCGUGAAGCAUAUUCACGACUUGAGUUUGAGGCCGGGCAUGGAACAAUGGAAGCAAAGUGUUGAGCCAGGCUAUAACUUUUUAUUUGAAAUACUGUCAAGAUUGUGA